GUCAUCUUGUACAAAAUCAGACUUGAUUUUAUUCCGAAGUUUUACUUUUCUGUCGAACGUCAUUUCAAACAUAUAUGAGAAAUUCAAUUCUAAAAUUGUUCGCAAAGUCUCGUGCUUUGAUGUUGACAUAAAUAUUUUUUUAAACAGCAUAUAAGGAAACCAGACAUAGUAAAAAAGAAUAAUUCAAACGCAAUGUGCCGACUUUCGACCUGGUCCAUCUUCCAAACCGGUUUACCUCGGAAACAAGAAAAAAGGAGCACCGUGCGGUCUUUCUUCCGUCUGCUUCGCAGUGUUGUACUUGAUACGCUCUGUCGGAGAGCCAAUUAAUUUAACAUCUACUAGUACGCACGUGUACUUUUACAUUAUCAUAGCACAUAAGAUCUCAUCAAAGUCGAACGAUCUCAUCUUCGGCUUCGACGUCUUGUCCGGUUUCGUUCCCUCUUCUACGGCGACGAAACUUUUUCUAUGCGAGCAGUCGAUCGAUAGCUCUCGCGGUAGCUACCACGAUUUCCUCUCGUAGAAUCGGCAGAUCAAAUUCAAACUGUGUUUAAUUCUUCGUAAAACUUUAAUGAAUGUUAACUUAGUUCAUCACAUUUAACCGGUUAAUCCACAUCCACUUGUCAAGAUUUCAUGAUAGAUGAUGAUGCUAAAAAAGGUGGCUGUUAUUUUAAUAGUUUUCAUUUGGGCCCGUGAUUCUUUGGCAAAUUAUCAUCAUCGCGCAAGACGCUCAAACAACGAAUAUAUACUGCACAGAUGUACAGCUACUGCGGAAUUAAUUAGGAAACACAGGAACGGGGAAAGUGUUAAUUCGCGCAAAGCCGAGGAUGAUUCGUCCUCUAAGUUGCAAAUACAACAGAAAGAUCCUGAGCUUUUCGUAGCAACAUCUCUAACUGAUGUUUCCCGACCUGAAACUUCGAGCGGUGUUUAUCGACGUAUGACUCAUAUGAAAAGGCGCGGUAGUGGACACGCACGUCGAAUCACAGGCACGCAUUUGGCAGAUACACCCCUCAAAACCCUCAAUAUAAAUGUAUCUCAAGACAGACCAACGGCCUUCAAAAGAAAAAACCCGUUACCGGAACUUGCGCAUGAUGUAUCGAGCAGAAAAAUUGAUUCGUCACCGCGUGUAGUAAUCAUAAAACCUAACAUAUAAUCAUAAAUCGUAACUUAACAUUCUUCCAAUGACGCUUUACUUACGCAAAGUUUGAAUUUAUUGUACAGAUUGGCGUAACCAUUGUUACAAUUAUUUGUAAUAAUUUAAAUAAAACCGCGAUGCACUUUA